GCUACGGACUCGCGUCAGUUCCUCUAGUCUACUUCAACAUGGAUCUGCCUGAACCCAUACGGAGGCGGCUGGGGGAUUUCUCCAGAACUGUUUUUGUGGACCAAAGCCUUACACACCCCUUUCCCGACGAGCACGCUAAUUUUCUUAACCAGAAUAAAGAUGUGAUAUCCAGUCUCCCUCUUCAGAUGGCACUGCACUUUAACAUGUGGUUCUUUCCUUUCUGGUGGAUCAGUGAGGUUGUGAUGCUGCAGCUCAAGUACCCAGCCCUUGCAGAUUACUACAAGUUCAUCCUGAUCACUAUCCUUAUUUUAAUGACACUGAUUGAGGCCAUCAGGCUCUAUCUGGGCAAUGUUGGAAAUCUACAAGAAAAGGUUCCAGAACUGGCUGGAUUUUGGCUAUUGACUCUCCUGCUCCAGUUUCCCUUGAUUCUGUUCCAGCUCUUCAAUGAGGCUGUACUCAUUCAACCUCUGGAGAGAGGAGUUCAUAUAAUACUGGCAUUGUUUAUCUUUGCAGAGGCUCUUUUUGGCUUUGCUGCCUUGCGUGCAAUGGUCAGACACACUGAAAGUCGCUUUCAUUUACAGCAGUUUGAUGGGAUACAAGAACUAAGAACAUAACAAGAGACAGCUUUACUGGUGGGCUUAAUCGAAUG